CCACUCUCUCCCCCGCGCCUCCACCUCCGGCGGUUCGACGACCGACGCCCUCCGACGCCCUCUCCUCCUCGCCUGCCCCGCCCUCUCCUCCAGCCUCCCCCGUCACCUCUCCUCCGCGCCUCCCACGCCCUCUCCUCCCGCCUCCUCCGCAUUCUCCUCCAUGCGCCCGGAUCGACGGGCCGCUGAGCCGCCGCGUGCCGCCGCGCGCGACGGCCCGCGCCGGAACUCCGGCUCUCCGCCCCCGCAUCCUUCCCCUACGACGAGCCGCUGUCCUCGCCUUGCAGAACCUCAGCCAGCCGGCCGUUGACGCCGCCCCGCGCAUCCAUCCCGAGCGUCGGCCGGCGGCCUCUCCACCGCGCGCAGAUCAACCAGGCCGCCUCACAUCAACUCCUCACAUCACAUCCAUCCCGUCGUGCCUGAGCCGCCGCCGCAUCGUCGAACCGCCCGCUGCCCUCUCCGAUCUGCUCCACCAAUUCGAGGGGUGGCCACAUGACCGGCAGCGACUUCCUCCACCACCACCUCCCAGUCCGCCCCUUGCGUUCCUGUAAGCCACCAGGUCGCCGCCCAACACCAUCCUUUAUGCCAAGCAGUGUUGGUCCUCGAGACCUCGACGACCUCCGGCGACGUGUGGCCGGCCUGCCUGCUCAGGGCCAUGCGCCCGUGCCCACCAAGCACGCCCCACGCUGCAGCCCUCCGAUUCACUCCCCUCCACCACUGCCUGUUACGACGCCUCUCCCUCCCUGGGGCCAGCCAGCCUGGUGCUUCUUUUCUCCAAGGAAAAUGCAUGAAAGGCAAUUGAAAUCGAAAGAGUUGGAGAGAUACAACAGCCAAGCAGUUCUAGAUAGACUUGACGGAUGGAGGUUCUGUUUGCAAUGCAUCUGUGAUCACGAGUGACGGUUCCGACAUGACCAUGCUCCCGGAGAGGGGUUGUCUAUAUCAAGAAUGUAGUUAGAGACAAGUGGCAACUGUAAAGAGUGAGGUUGCAGGGCUGUAGCAUCAGGGUUGGGGAUGCUGCUGGUUAGGAAGCGAGAGAUGGGGAAUUGCAUUGCCGUUUUAAGUUGGAGCUGGCUGCUUCAGAGGUCUGUGUUCCCCAUUGAUUUCUUAGACGGGAUUCUUUUCUUGAGUUGUAGAUGUUGAUUGGUGAUCAUCGAUGUCUGUAUUUGAUUGAAGCACUUCCUUUCAUCUCCCUUGAUGUCAAUUGCAAUUUGGAAAUGAGGAAGAGAAGAGGAAACACAGCUCUUAUUCUUUUUUAUUUAUGCAAUGGAUAAUUAAUUGUUUUGUUUCUUUCAAUAAUUUAUUGAUGCGCUUUGUGAA